AUGGAACGUGACCGUAGUUCAAACGUAGCGGCAGCUACGGCAGCUCUACUAGCUUUCCUGUCGCUCGUCUCAGCGUUACACGUGGCGGAGGCAAACAUCUUCGCUGGGAAGAGCUUCCUGAAAGCCCAGCAGGACUGUGUACACUUUCUCGGCAUCAAUCCACUACGGUUGGGACAGUACAAAAAACACCAGUAUCCGGGUGACCGGGAAACGAUGUGUAUGAUCCGGUGCGUUGGCAUUACGCUAGACUUCUGGGACGAUAGGCUCGGGUUCAACGUUAGCCUGGUGGAGGAACAGUUUAGUCCACUGGUUGAUGUCCACUUCAAGAAGAAGCUGAACGAUAGUAUUGCGCUUAAGUUGACAUUACUUGAUCCACUGGAUAACUGUGCCAGAGCGUUCUACGCUUUCCGAACGUUCCGUGCACUGUUGCGUCAGCUGUUUAACCUUGGAACGACUACAAUGGCUCCGAUCGUAAAAUUUGAGCCACUGGAACCGGAGAAAAUCCUAACCAAUCUCAUAGACUGUGCGCGUGAAGUGAAUCUGCCCGGUGUUUUACUCGCAAACCUUACCAAAGGUAACAUUGCCGAUAGGGCAGAGGUUCACUGCCUGAUACGCUGUGCCGCUAUUCGUUCCCAAUUCUAUACCGAUCAACAUGGUGCACUACUUGAUAACUUGCAUCGUCAGUUUAACCCUCCGGGAGAGGAUCUCGACAGCUUUAAGCUCCGUCACAACAUGUGUCUGCAGCGACAUCAGCAACCGGCUACAUCGGACAAGUGUACACGUGCAUUCAAACAAUUUUUCGUCUGCUUGCGUCCUGACUUUGAGCAGUAUUUCAUUCGGAAUAAAAACAAAAUCUUUCAACAUCCUAUAUUCAAAAAUGAUCAGCUUCUGGAAGGCCCAUCACCAUUACCGUUGCAACCAGAGCAACCUAAUGGAUUCGAUAUGUUUAGAGAACUUCCCGGAAAUCUGGACUUACUGUUAAGCUCCUGCUAACGUUAAGCGUGUGGCGGCUGUGUAUUCUAAUUGUUAAGUUUUGUAAAUAAACACUCUUAAACUUAUAUUAUAUUCAAAGCUUUUAUAGAAUGAAGAUAGCCUGCGUGCAUAAAUUCUUGGAAUUCAGAAAUUACCAUUAGACAUUCAUGAACAUUCGCUAGUGAAUGGCAAAUCCGAAAAGGAAUGCAAGCAAUCAGGAGUCUUUUUGUUUGAAGAAACAAAUGUUUUACCUCUAUGAACACAAAACACAACAAUUAGCCACGUGUUUACAAGGGCCAAACGUUACACAAACUGUCACAAAUGUGUUACUUUUGCACAUGAUUCUAAACCAAAUAGACGACCUAUCGUUGUACAAGAGGAAAAGAUAAAGAAAAGCGAAAAAAACAUUACCGUCAAAGGAGCAGAAAAUUUACAUUUAAUGCAAAACAAAACUCGCAAAUGUGUUCGGUUCUGUGUGCAAUGUGCAUUCCCUGUUAGCGGUUUAAAUCCUGCAUUUUGCGCUUCUUUCACCUUCGUCGCGUUUCGCGCGGGAACGCUGGCCCCUUUUGAAUACAUAAUCGGCAACUCAAGGAAGCUCUUCCUCUACUAACUCGUCGGAUGCGGAUAAUGCACUCCUGCCCGAUGGUGCCAAGUGGUGUGAACCAAUGGAAAGGCUAUGUAAGAUAUGCAAAGGCACACCGGGACACAGGGAAAACCUGCUCCAAAAACGAACUUCAGGAGCGUCAGUAUUGUGAGCUCCUAGUCUCUCUACACAGUGCCUCCGCCCGCCGUACACACCCGGGACUCACCUGGGCCGGUAAGAAAAUAAGCUUCGAAAGAGCGAAAGCAACGAAAAAAAGUGCUUACAUUUACAUUUCAUUACACCGAGUGCUUGCAAAAACCGAUCCCGUGGUAGUAGUGGCAGACAUGGUAGCUGUAACUCGCUCGCCAAAUGGAAAACUUUGCUACCUUUGCCUCUGUGUAGCUAGAAGAACACAACAAAAAUGCCCUUGAGCAUACUAACAUCUUCACAAUACGUAUGAAUCCGAAUUGCUGCAAAGGCUUGGGAAGAAGCGCAUGAAGUAUUGUCACAAUGUACUGAAAGUUUUCCAUUGCCUGAUAAAGGUUGAUAUUGCUGAGAAAAUUUGUACAUGAACAGUUUGUCCUUUACUAUUCGGCAGGUCAACAAUCUCCGGUGUAGGGAUUGUAUUUUGUUUUGCCACACUCAAUAUGUAAUUGAUGCGCUAGGGCAUGCCCUACUGCAAAACUUUACACUCAACUUUCACUAAAGUGUUGCUUUUAAAGAAACUAUCCUUUUGGGAGGGAAUCUUUACUCAUUGUUUUAGUUUUGAGGACUAUAAGAAGGCCCAAAACAUAAUGUUCAUAAUAAAAUUUACAAUUCAAAUUACCAUCAAAUAUGAAACUAUCCCUGUUUUGUGAUUUAAAUAAUAAAUAAUUGUCAAAAAAUACUUUACGACUCGAAAUUAGCACGACCAACCCUUAUUAUCCCUCCUUUUUACAUCAGUUUACUCUUUAUAACAUAGUGAAGCAGCGUUGGUUUAUGAAGACGAUGAUAUACAAGUUCAUGAUAAACAUGGCUUUGUUAAACACGUUUACCGAUGCUCCACAAAAGCGUAGGCCAGCAAUUUCUACUUUCUAGUGUUUAUACGCAGCGUAAACUGUGUUUUUACGUUACAUUCAUGUAUACGUGACCUUUACAGUAGUCAGGUCAUCGUGUAUGUUGAUAAAACAUUUGAUUUGUUUGCAUCAGUUGAGAAGGCUGGUAUGGAAAAAAACAAAGUUUAUUUCAUUUGAUUUCUGGUAAGUUACUUCAAAACAAAACACGAUAAACUUAGUUGAAUUAGUUUUGUUCAUGUCAUUUUUUGAUUUGUUUUAUGAUAAGACAAGGCAAGCGAGUAAAACAAUAAUCGCAACACAUGAGAUCUAAAGGACCUUGGAUGACACACUAAUUCUACCAGUUGAAACUGAAUGGAAGCACAUGAUAUUAAAAAUGAAGCGCAUCUUACCGUAAUGAAUUAAGUACGAUCGUGCGAGUAUACACGCGCCCUGAGAAGCCUUUUGACACCCAUACGAUGUUUGUUUGAAUUACUUAUUGUGUUUUUAUGAAAAAAUUAUUAUUUAAAAUAUUAAAUUACGUAAAACAUAUAAAGACUAGUUAUGUUCAAAAUAAUCAAAAUCCGACUGUCAAAAUUAAUCUGUCACUUUAAUUUGAAUAUCAUGUACUUCCACUUAUUUAUGGCAGAUGUCAUUGGCGUGUCAUCUGAGGACGUUUAGCUGUCAUGUAUUGCGAUUGUUCGAUCAAAGAUGAAAUUAAAAAUCUCUUUCAAUUUUUUUUCUUAUAAUUAAUUUUAUAAUUUUCCAAAAUAAACUCAAUUUAUUUCUUUUGGAUUGAGUAUCUUCACAACAUAUGGUCAGAAUAGCGUAAGGCACAGUUAAUGAUUUUCACGUACACUCCCCCGUCAUAUGAAUACACAACAAAAUGGUAUCCCAAUUGGAAGGACUCGUUAACCGAACAAAAUGAAAUUUGAUUCAUACGCCUGCCCUGUUUCGAAACCUUAUUGCUCUCGGUGUAUAAUGGAUCUACUGCAACCGUAGAGUUGGUGAAUAUUUCCAUCUGGUUUCAAACGAAAUGUCUACAACUCGAUCCAAAUGCUCAGUCAGCUCCAUAUUUCGUUCGAUACGGUUUUCAAUACGAUAAUAUUUACUCGACCAUAUGUUGGAACUUCCGCACCUACACACAUGCCGGCGGCAUCAAACGCAACGGUCAACUGACGGGGUUGCACAUGGUGCUAGACAAAGAGCAUUGCAACCAUAGCUAAAUGCACUAGGAAUCUGGCGACUGCAUCUGGAUGCAUGACAUAGGAAUGAAAUGAAAGAUGAAUUUUCUGCCAUGAACGAUUCAAACAACCUGGUCUUCAGCACGAUAUCUAAAGCCUGCAGGAAGAGUACGCCAAAUGAUUGAGUGGGCUUUUUAUCUGCAUUAGACAGCAUGGGCCUAGGAGAAAUACCGAGGGCGAAAGCUUGUAUUUAUGCAAAUUCCAAAUAGGGUACUGGCCAAUUUUCGUUUUCUGCUACUGCUUUGCUGCCAAUAGCUCACCACACAUUUUCUACCAUCCGAUUCCGGCACGGGGUUUCGUGCAUCCUGUACCAUAGACGCAACCCACAGAGACAAGACUUUCUGAUUGAGAAAUGGUAGCAAAUAUGUUAUCUGCCUUUUUGCCGACAAUGCAAUGCAACCGGUCGGGAGAAUUUGGUGAUUGCAUUCUUUCGAUGCAAUGAUAACCGGUAAUUCGUGCAAGAUUUUUGCCCUCAACUGUUAUAACACAUAUUUUAUCCAUGUCCACAAAUGCUAAUCAAUGCAUUUCGAGCACUUUUCCCACUAUGUUGUGUAACACUAUUGUGAUGUGGAAUUUUAUGUAUCGAAUGUCGGUGAAUAAGCGUUUUCUAGGGGUUUCGAAAAAAUCUUUUGUUCCUCACUAACUUUGUUCCAAUGUAGAUAUGAGAAAAAAAGGAUUUAUUUUAACAAAAAGGCUACCGAUCGGUAGCUUUUCAAUUGUCUGCAGAUUAAAAAGUUUUUUUUUCUGAGAAAAAAGAAUCACAAAAGUUUUCAACAAAAGGAGCACGUCACAUAAAAAAAUUAAAUUUUAUUUUGUGAUAAAAGAUACGCCUCCACCAUACUGUUAGAAUAUUGAAGUUCGAUAACUAAGAAAUAAAUGUAAAAAAACACACACACCCCCAAACCUAUUAACAUUAUCGCAAAAACUAAAAAGUUAUGCUGACUUUUUUGUAUUGGAUGAAGAAGCCUUUCCAUAAAAAUGUGAUUCUUUAUGUGUGUGUGUGUGUUUUUUUUUUUUUAUUCAAACAUAAAAGCAUAGAGGUAAAACUAUCAUCCAUCCCGUUUAGGUAUAUUCAGCAGUUGAGAAAAACGAACAAAACCCGAUCGAAAACCGGAAAAAUGCAAUGCGAGACAAUCGAAUCAUUCACGAUAGAAAACUUUGAAUUUUUUUUCGACUUUUCACAUGCAAAAGAACAAUUGAAUUACCAUUAAACGGUGAUUGCGCAACCUUUAUCAAACAAUUCAAUAACUUUAUUAGCGUUGAAAUGUCCUUUUUUGUGUGUUUAAUUUUAGUUAAAUUUUAGUGUUAGUGUUGAUAUAUUACUUUGUAGAAAUACCAGAACUCAUUUAAUUUAAUAAACAAAUCAUCAAACUGUAUGAGCAUCAUUUUGUUGUAACAAUUUCUACUAUUCUUUGAAUUGAUUAUAUCUUUAAAUUAGAUCUCCAAUACAUCUGGCAACCAAUAAUUCAUAUGAAAAAAUACCUUCCAUUCACAUUAGCAAAAUAUCCAAUUUCCUAAAACCGAUUUGCAAUGUUUAAUGUUUGGUGGCUAUCGGUUCAGCUCAUGGGAAGAUAAACCCGCCUUUGUUACGAAGUUCUGCCCACUCUUACGUACAUUGAUCCACAACCCACUUUGACGAUGCCGGUUGCAACAUAAAUCACCAUUCUUUCAACCAUACUUCUCGAUUCGUUACAUUCCAGUGACGUUCCGCGAGACUCAUGAUGAAGGUUUCCGUACCCGUAACAGUAUCAUGCAAAUCACAUAAAUACUCAUCACCAGUGUAAUCGACCCUGGGCAACCCAACUGAUGGUGUGUGUGUAGUACUCCAAACGCUACUUUCGAAACAGUCCAAAUGUCACAAUUAUUUUGAGUUCAGAUUUUAUCGCUUCGGUAAUCAAACGCCCACCACCGGGGCAUCGUUUCGUUCCUGUGGCAAACCGUUCAUCUCGAGCUCGUUUACGUUGGACGCAAAAGCGUAAAGCAGUAAUUGAGAACUUUUGCCUAAUUAUAGCGAAACUCGAGCAUUACGAUACCGCCUUUCGUCGUCGCUUCCCCCCAAACAUUGUCGUGUUUGCGUUAACAAGCAAACACAUUGAUCAGGUUGUGAAAGCAUUGCUUGAUAACUAUGUUCGGUUAUAGAUUAAAAGCGAUCUAGAGCAGCGCGCAACGCAUCGAAUCCAACGGCAGAUGAUGAUGAGUUUAAGCGAAUGGGUUUUUUCCAUCGAUUCCAUUAAACGAAUAGAGCUAUUUUGCCGAUUUUGAAGUUUUCAGUAGCAGAACUAGCAGGAAGUAGCAGAAUGCAGAAGAUGAAUUAAAUGCAAUUUUCCCGAUUGCACUCUAAUCAACGCAAAUGCAACGUCUGUGUUGCUUGCUAUUCACCGACGGCAUUUGAUCGAUAACGCACUGAACCAACAUUGCAUGAUCCUGAUGCUUGGAAAUUCAUUUCACCAGCACUACAAAACUAGUUGUCUACUCCAUCUAAAUACGUCUACGAUUCUACCUCUACGUUAUAAGAUUGUACACCACUUUAAGCGAACGUGCAAAAUGUCGUCUUUAUUACCGGUCUCCUGCUUGAUUUGAUUUAUGACGUACUUUCCGUUGUGUUUGCUAUAAAUAUUUACGACCAUAAAGGGCUACCCGGUUGAAAGAUUUAACAUCAGCUCGGACAUGCAUCACCUGCCGUUAUUCUUGCGCUUUUCUUUUUUCUUUCUUUUGGUUACUUUAGAUCCGAACUCUGCAGAAGUACAUGGUGACAAGAAGCAAUAAGUAAAAGUAUAGUAACUGCUAGUAAGGAAAGGAUACAGGGUUUCCGAUUUAGUUUGAACUAAAGAUGUGCAUAAUGAGUAGGAGUAAGAGAGUGAGUGAAAACGUACUAGUGAGUGAGUUGCACUCACUCAUCACGGGGAGUGUUAACUACUCUUUUUUAUCUUACUCACUCAUGAGUGUUUACAUGUAGCUGCGGUGAGUCGAGUUGCAAAAAGGAGAAAAUGUGUGGUGGUUGAAAUCAAUGACUCCUGGUAAAAAAUCCAAAUCCAAUUCUUUCAAUUCCAAUUCUCAAAGUUUUUUUGAGUGAAUCAGUUGUGAGCCAGCCAAAAUCGAAAAACCCUGUAAAAGGAAUACACGGCCAACUUGUUACAUUUUCAGUUACAACAACGGUUCUUUUUCCCUAACAGAGGACUACUUUCCAUCUAAAGAUAAUUUUAUUUUCCACUAAACAUCGUGGAACAGUUGGGUAAAUUCAACAGGAAAUAAACUCCACUAGCCGAAACACAUUUUUGACCCAUUCACCUGUUAGCUUUGGCGAUCCUUCCAGGAUGAUUUUGUAACAAGAAGAUACAAAAAAACCUUCCACUCUAAAAUGUACGCGCUGACUAGCCUAUUUUCCCUAAAUGUAACAUAAUGGUGUCAGAUGGUUUUGCACCAACCCAACUGACUACUGACGGGUGUAUGAGAGAAUAAAAAAGGUGGGACAGGAAAAAUAUGAUAUAUAGGUAUAUUUUCCAAACGGUAGCAAAAUUUAUGAUACCAUUCUUUUUCGAUUUCUAGCAUUACUUUCGCAAAACCCACCUAGUCAUGCUGAGACAUGCGCGCGCGUAAUCUUUAUAAGCUUCCGGUUAUGGUGGUACUAAAUGUUUUUUCGUGAUUUUUUGCACACUCUCCUCGGGUUUUUUUUUGUGUGUGUGCUACGGAUGUUUACAAACCACGCAGCGAAUGGCAUCAGACUGAACGUGAGCUUUUGUAAGUAAUAAAAACAACCCCGAAUCAUACUUUCUGAAUGGGUGAGGCAAAAAAAAGAAAACCAAACAACCUCACCAGUACAACAACCGUUUGCUGGUUUUCGCUGAAAGCCUGGGUUUGCGGUCUCGUAAGGUAACAAACGCAUGUACAGGCGCGUGUGAAGAGGUGUUGAGUGAAAUACGGCUUCUUCUUAAAGAGCUAGGCUACCUUAGCUUGUGGAAAGAGACACUUGGCAAAUCCAUGCAGUUUUGGCUCCUCGCGCCACGAUCAAACUGCUCAAUAAAAUGUAAUCGCCAGAGCAAAUUUUUUCAGCCCACAUUGCGGCGAAAAAACCCCCCAAAAUCCCAUAACUACCGAUUACGGACUGUUGCCGAUGACAAGGGAAACAAGUCCGUGGAGAGUUCUGGUGCGUCAGCUGUGCAUACAAAACCCGCAUUCCAUCUCGCAUCACGAGUGUGCGGUAAAAGCAGAAUCGAAACUCGAACAUUCCAAAGGAACGGGCUGCGAAAGUGCCGUACCGAGUGCUGUGCCGGAGUGCCUGCGUACACGACCAUUGCCAAAAUAAAUAAGCGCCCUGUUUAUCCUGCUCGUUAUCUCCGCUGCGGAGCAGUAUCGAGGAAAUAAACCACACGCAUAUUCACCAGGCAAGCCACCACAAACACCAACCGUGUUCGUGUUUUAGUGGACAAAAAUCUGUUCCGAUUCAAACGGGGAAUUUGCUAUCCCGAAAGCUUUCGAAAGCAGAGCAAAGGCAAGGAUGCUCACAUAAAAAUGCGCCCGAAAUUAUACUAAAAAUGAUUACACUCAUCAUUCACAAAAACGCACAACUCCAAACAGAACCACACGACAGCAUCCACCACACCAUCCAAUUCGGGGAUGGGAAGGUUAGUCGUUUUAGUUCAUUUUCCUUCCAGGAAAUAACCCACCUUACGGUACGGUACAGAGAGACAGACACACAUUGGCUAUGGGUGCUGUUUGUCUAUUCAAGAUCAUCAUUUGUGCGAAUUCGCUUUUUUUCUUGUUUCUUCUUUACGCUCCUACACAGUCGAUUGGCCGAUAACUGUUUUUGUUAACGAAUCGUUCUUCGAUUUUGGGGUGUUUUUUGUGGCAACCAUUUUCCUUGGGAAUGUACCUUUUUUUGUGCCACCACCUCUACUCGAUGCCAGGGCCGGUGGAAGACGAGCGAAGAACAAAUUGACGCAAUUAGGCCACCACUUAUUCGUUAUCUGCACGCCUACUGGUAAACGCGGGUGUUGGUGAAUAUAUUACAUCUUUUUUUUUUGCUCUCCUUCUUCUCCAUACCUCGUACACGCCAAGGAUUACUUAAGAUUGAAGAUGCCUAUCCAAUAUCGAUUUGGGUGACUAAAACCCAUUAAUUUGGCCGUUGUGUGAUCAGCACGAGCUUUUGACAAUACGCUGAACACUAAGUCAAGGUGUAAAUACUAUGAUUAAUGAUAUACAGAUACUUAAAAUAUUUUGUUCCCUGAUAUUGGAAUGGAAGUGCAAUGUUCAUGGCCAAUUCUUUAAUAUGUUAUCAUGCAAAUGUAGAUUAAAAUAGAUAAGCAUUUCGAGUAAAACAUGUAGAGCAUGUGGCAAAGAAAGUAAAUUAAAAUUUUGUCAAACUUUUGAUGGCUUCAAUAAUGAAUAAUUAUAAUUAUAAUGAAAUAUUCACAAAUAUUUCCCGUGUAUUUGGUGGAUCUACUCAAACUCUUUCUUCAAGCACAUAGCAUAUGAAGCCUUCAGUAUCUGUGAGAAACACUAAAGAUAACUCUUUUCCCACAUUGUAACAACAGUAAAAUCCUUUCCUAAUAAUUCCCCAAGUGAGGAAAGAAGGAUGAAUUUCAAUUUGCGUUUCAUUUUCUCCAGUUGUUGUAUCCUCAGGAGCUUUUUCAAUUUGCUGAUCAAUACUACUACAAACUGACAGAUAAGUGGAAAUUGAAUCGAUAAUUCGAUAGUCUUCGAAUGUAAAAAAAAAUUCUAGGAAAUUAACAACUUUUUAGAAGAUGUUGCAAGUAAUAGAAAAAAACAUUAUGAAUAAUACAUGCUAAAUACAUUUAAACAUUCUUCACACAAUUCCAUCCCACGUUUAUACUAAUGGUAAUAAAAGCUUCAAACAAUUCCGAAGCCUUUCCAAACAAAUCAGUCAUUUGCCGCCAACCUUCUUCUUAUUGGAAGCUUACGAGUUGCCAGUUUAAUGUGCUUAAGACAAACUUUUAUUGGAAUGUUUCGGCUUGGUUCAAUAAUUAACAGUAACGUUCCAUUUGCAAAAUAACCCAACACAAAAAAAACAACCCGAAGUGUAAAGCCCGGUUUGAAUGUGAACAAAGGAAAUGGUUCCGAGUUAAUACCAAACUUUGAGCAAGUUUUCUAUCUCCACCAAGAAGAGAACCAAUCAUGCCCGAAGUCCAUUUUGAAAGUGGUGUCGUAUUUUAUGCUUGAAGCUGCAGUGAUAGAGGGAUGUAAAAAAACACUCCCCUAUUUACUGCUAGAAAGCUCAAAACCUUGGUCAAACAGUACCAGCGCCUUAGAAAAGAUUGUUAUUAUUAGUAAAAAGGAAAUGGGUAAGGGUUUGCGGCUAAACGAAACAAACUUUUCAAUCAAUAAUGAAUGUUAUAAAGACGCCCUCACUCCCACGAGAGCUAUAGAAAGUAGCUACAUACUACUGCUAUGCUAUGUGGAACUUUUAUGGUGGUAUGUUCAAUUCAAAGUUUACCACAAAGAUGCCCCUGCUUUCAAUUUGAUAAACUUGUUCGGAAUUCAAGUUUCUCAAGAUCAUCCGGUGUACGGCCAAUGAUUAGCAAAUACAUCUACAUCUGGAUAGUAUAUUAUAAGGUAAUAGAUUUUAUACCCGUGAAGAACACAUU